UAGCGCCGGCGCAGUACACGGAUACUCCUGAGGACAUUGGAUUGGCUGUACAGUUCAGUAGACUUGCGGACAGCGUCUCGGUCUUUUUAGUAUAGCGGAGUGCAUCCGGCGUGAUGUUGUUGUGUGGUGUUUUGUGUACUGCGUUGUCAGUUUCUUUCGGUGCAAUUGUACAAAUCGUAAUAUUUCUUCUGCAAAACUCAAACAUCUUGAAAGUGCAAGCUUCCCUACCACCGGGAGCUGAGGAUGAAAUUGUUCUUAUUGAGCAUCUACCAGGACGUCGAGUGCAUCUUCAAGACUUUUUUUGGUCAGAUGCUAAAGAUGCUCCACCAUGGGUAGAUUCUAAUCAAGGCUUGACCAUUUAUGAAACCAGAACAGUUCAUCAUACCGUAACAUUAUACUCACCUGCAGAAGAAAAAGAUGAUAAAUCAUUAUUUCCCGAUCAUACUGAUUCUAAUGAACCAAAGUGUAUUACUUGCAUUGAACCUACACCUAGGUUGGAUGAUGAUGAAGAUCAAAACAUUGGUAUCCUUAUUGGGGAAGAUCCUGGACCAAGAUAUUGGUUACUAACAGUUCUUCGUGCAGGAGAAGCUAUACCACCUAAAAUCGAAUUGAAAUUAGCUCGCUUAUAUAAGACUGCAUUUUCAAGACAACAGCAACGUCAUCUUGGACUUUUACAAACAGAAUCACGAUUUCGAAGAGUUACAAGAGGUCAUGCAGUCAUUGAAAAUAAGCCCAAGAUUGCUGGUCAAGAAGAAAUAUUUGAAAAUUCAGCAAUUUCUUCAGCUAAAUUGAGGAUUCAAACGAAUUCAGAAUCUCAAAUCUCUACAAUGCCAAACCGCAUAAAACUGGUUGAUGUACCUAGCUUAAAAAAUAACCUUUUUUCAACACCUAAUGUCAAUGAAAAUUACAGCAAACCUAUUCAAGUGGAUAAUUUUCACUUAAAAAAAUUAAGCCUCGUCAAAGAAAAAGUACUAUCCAAUACAAAUUUAUCUACUACAACUACAUCAGUGGAUUUUAAUGACAGUACCAAAGAUUACACAAGUCAACAAUCCUUGCAGAAUGAUGUAUCCUUUAAUUUAUCUUCUAUGAUACAUAAUCUGCAAAAUCUCACAGAUAAUCAUCAAGCAUCAGAAAAUCAAAUAUUAAAUAAUAUUGAUAGAGGGAAUACAAGUGCAAGUAAACGUUCUGAAUUACGUUUAAUAAGUCAUUCUGGAGAGGAGACUGUUCAAGUUAGAAUGCAAAAUACAAGUGUAACUGAAGGUGGCGCUACAAAGUUGAUUUACUCUGUUCACCUAGGUGGAAAACCUGUACCUGCAGAAACAGCUGCCAGGGAUAUGGCUCUUUUGUCACCACAAGAAGUUGCAUUGGAACUUGGUGCACCAGUUCUUAUUCAAAGUGAACCUUACUUGAAAGAAACACGACCAUUAGCCCUUUCCAGAAAAAGAGAUGCAUGGCUCCUAAUUGGUGCAGCAAGUGCUGGUUUUAUUUUAUUAGCAUUGGUUGUGCUGGGAUUAAUUCUUGCAGCAAAAAGAAAAAGAGCACACAGUGCAGUAGCUGCACCACCGAGUCAUCAUACUUUAAAAAAAAAUCGAGAAUAUAUACAAGCAACUGCUGGUCUUGAUAAUAAUGCUUGCUCAACAUCAGAAAUGGAAAUUAAGACUGACGGUACCAGUCAGAGACAGACUCCUGGAAGUUUGUCGAGGACUCCGGUCUCCCUUGAAACACCAGAUAGUCUCGAGGCGGGAAUUCAUGAGGUUUCAAGCGACGACGAAGAACAGAAAAGUAAAGCACGAGAAUCUAGUCCUUGGGAACAUCCUUCGAUGAAACCGAGAUUGAUACAUGGAAAAAUGUCUCGAACAAAUGCCAUUGAUACGCCUCGAACAUCUGAUUCGACGGAUGUGAUUGUCGACCAUCUAGAAACGUUAGAUUCUUUGGAAAAUAAUUAUACAAGACAAGAAGAAGCUACUGCUUCACCACAUUCUUAUCUCUCUAUGCCAUCUUGCAAACCAUUCCCUAGUAUGAAAAGCGUUGAACCACUUUCUAGAGUACUAGAACCAGUUAUGGUUAAACAUUUAGAUAUAGAUUCUCCAGAAUUGAUAAGGCGGGAGGAUGAUCACUUAGGGGUCUACAGGGGUGAUGACAUAAAUGAUAAAUUUUUUGCACGAACUUCUAGUGCUAUUAAAGAUCCUGGAGUUGUUGGCCCUAUUGUUUGGAACCUUCGAAGACAAAAUUUGUCUGCAGAAGGCAAUGGUACUUCAGAAACAGAUGUUGAUCCAACUUAUAUAUUGCCUUCUGGACCUGUAGGAAAAGCGAGGAGAAGACUUCAUGAACUUCUUGAAGAUUCUUUCAGUCUCUUUGGAAGUAGAGAUCCAAAAUCUGAAGUACAAUUAUGUGCUACAAGACCUACUUCGGCAGCACGUACACCAGAUAUUCUUACGGUAUUUUCGGAGACUAAAGGAAGAUCUACUCAUGCUAGCCCCGUAUCUUCACCGUCAACAGUAAUGAAGAGUCGACCUCGUACGUCAUUUCCUAUAAAAUCUAACGAGGGAAAUGUUGCAGAAAAUUCUGUUCCAACUCGAUCUCGCAAUAGUUGGGGCUCUAGACCACUAAGUGCUGGUCCAUUUCAUAGGCCUAAUUUACCGGAUAUAGACACAAGGCGUAUACUUACAGACUGUCAAUUGCCACCAGAAGAUCCAGCAGUACCACUAAUAGUUUCAAUUAAAAAAGAACUUGAAAAAUUUUCUCCACAAUAAAUAAUCAGAAAGUUCACAACAU